CCUCUUGUAUCUAUGCACAACCUGCUAUGCUUCUCUGUACUCUCACUGCACGUUUUCUGUUCUUGUCUGCACUGUCACUGUCCCUGUCUUAAGCCACACCAAGAGUCCCUCUCUUGCACACCAAUCUUUGCUUCCUUCCUCACACUCUUCUCUCUCUAACCAGCAUUGGAGCCUUCAAAGCAUGGAACUUUCCUCAACCUGUUCCAAAACUUGAAACUUCUAGAAUCAUGCAUUAAUGGGGUUGCUGCAAGCCAACGUCACCUAAUCCAUUUCUCUGUUGUUUUUUUUUUUUUUAUACCCUCUAACUUUUUUCCUUUUUUGCAUAUCCACUCUUGUGUACUGGGGGUGCUUGGUUUGGUUAAAAGCUACAAAAUUUGGUUUUUUUAUUCAAAAUGUCAAGUCUGCAGAUGUCUCAUGUGGAUUUCGAGCAAGGUGGUCACCACCACCGUUCUGUGAGUGGCAGUGAGAUGAGCAUGUGCUUUUCUGAUGCCGAGAAUGGUUCCUGCUAUUCCCAUUUUUAUUCAACAAAUGGUGACCCUUAUGAUGAUUACAGUUUUGCUUGUGUUUCUGAUGCUGAGGGUGGGGGUGAUGCUGAUUCCAGGAGGGGUUCUUCUGUCACUGAUUGUUCAGUGGAGGUGGAAAUUGAAAGUGGGUUUCCUGAAAUUAAGGUGCAUUUGGCCAAAGUGGAGAGGGAUUGCAGGAUUUGUCAUCUUGGCUUGGAGAGUGAUAGUCAAGAGUCUGGAGUUCCCAUUGAAUUGGGGUGUUCUUGCAAGGAUGAUUUAGGUGCUGCUCACAAGAAUUGUGCUGAGGCCUGGUUCAAGAUUAAGGGGAAUAGGACAUGUGAAAUAUGUCACUCUGUGGCACGGAACGUAUGUGGAGCAAUUGAGGAGACAACACAAACAAUGAGUGACAGCAACAAUGCUGCUGCAGCAUCCACAGUCUCAACAUCACCUCCUCCAGCAGAAACUCGAAGAUUUUGGCACGGCCAUCGCUUCCUGAAUUUUCUGCUUGCUUGUAUAGUUUUUGCAUUUGUCAUAUCGUGGCUUUUUCACUUCAACAUGCCCUCAUCAUAAUUUCUGAAGCAUAGCUUUUUUUUUAUUAUAUAUAAUUUAAAGUAAAUUUAAGGGUGGAGAGGAAGAAAAAUAGAAAAGAGAAACCACAAUCAAAAAUCCAGAGAUUGUUUCUUAGAGAGCUGAUGUUCUUGCAUAUUGAGGCCUUAGUGGGGCUAUGUGGGUAGGCAUUAUAACAUCCUUGCCUCUAUGAAGUCAACAACUUGUGACUUGGUCAUUUAUGUUGUGCAGUGAUCCUAUAAUGUUGGGGCUUUCUUAUA